AAAGGGAACAUUGAGAUCUGUUUAUUUACUAUCAUCGUCCAGCCAAGGAAACGUCCACGACCAAAAAAACAUCAGCUGCCGCUACUCAUGCAUCUACUACAUCAUCAUCUGCAGCCGCCAAAAAUUCAUCAGUCGUAGAUUCAAGUUCAGCUGGUGGUAUUACCCAACCCGCCACCAUGGUGUCGGCAACGUUGCCUCCUACCAUAUCACCAACAUCUAGCGUUGCUUCAUCUACUGCAACUCCUGCUGCUGAUACUAGCUCUGGAGGAAUUUCCUCAGCUGCUAUUGGCGGUAUAGCAGCUAUGGCCGUGAUUGUGGUGAUAGGUGCAGGCGCCUUUUUCAUGUUGCGUCGAAAGCGGCAAAGAAACCAGACCCAGAAACGUAAUACAACUAUGUCAGUCGAUCCAUUCACUAUGGGUUUCGGUAGCAACAAUCCUCCACCUCCUGCACAUUACCAACAACAACCCAUGCAGUCGCAUGCCAUGACCGAUACCUCCUUUGCACAACCACCACCCAUGUUAUCCCAACCCGUUCCUGUUCCUAUGCCACCCGCCGCCCCAGUUGAAGCUGAAUCUCAACCCCUCGGCACUUAUACUGUUAUAUCCACAUACACCCCUACUUUAGGUGACGAACUCGAAAUUCAACCCGGUGACCGUGUCGAGAUUUUGGUUGAAUAUGACGACGGCUGGGUCACUGGCCGUAAUGUCAGUAAAGGGGGUGUCAAAGGUGUGUUCCCCAAGCACUGCAUUGACUAUGCCACGAGUCCUUCCCAACACCAACCUGCGAUGCUGGACGCCGCCGGUGACGAGACGGGUCGAACAAAGAGAAUCAGUUCCAUUUACGGUGCCCAAUAGGCGUGGCAUGAACAUCCUUAA